GCCCACGCAGCUCCAGUUGAAUGCAGCCAUGAGUGAGCAGAGCAGCAACAGCAGCAGCAGUGACAGUGGCAGUGGCAGCACCAUUGCAGCGAUUGCUGAAAGUGCCGCAGAAAGCGGCCCGGACUUCGAUGCACUUCGCGCCGCCUGUAGUGCUCGCUUGAACGGGAGCAGCAGCCAUCUGUCGGGACCCAGCCCAGGACCAGAACCCGGACUCGGACCCCGCCCUUUCUGCCCCGGUACCUUUGAUGGUUGGCUUUGCUGGCCGGAUACGGCCGCCGGCACUUCCGCCUACGAGCUCUGCCCUGACUUCAUCACGGGCUUCGAUCCAACACGAUAUGCUCACAAGGAGUGCGGCAGCGAUGGGGAGUGGUUCAAGCAUCCGCUGAACAACAAGACCUGGUCGAACUACACGACCUGCGUGAAUCUCGAUGACCUCGAGUGGAAGCACAACGUGAAUCUGAUCUAUGAAGUCGGCUACGGCAUCUCUCUUCUGGCCAUCCUACUCUCGCUGGCCAUACUCGGAUAUUUCAAAACUCUGAAAUGCGCCCGCAUCACGCUGCACAUGAAUCUGUUCACCUCGUUUGCGGCCAACAACUCGUUGUGGCUCCUCUGGUAUCUGAUGGUUAUGCCCAACACGGAGCUCCUGCAGGACAGUCCGGCCCGCUGCGUCGCCUUGCACAUCAAUCUGCACUACUUCCUGCUGACCAACUACUCGUGGAUGCUGUGCGAGGGCUUCUAUCUGCACACAGUGCUCGUGUCCGCGUUCAUUUCCGAGAAGAGGCUUGUCAAAUGGCUGAUCGCUUUCGGCUGGGGCUCACCGGCCGUUGUCAUAUUCGUCUACAGCCUGGCCCGAGGUCUAGGCGGCACCGCUGAGCAGAAGAUACACUGCUGGAUGAGCCCCACUGACUAUGACAUUCUGGUGGUGCCCGUUUGCAUAUCGAUGUUCCUCAACCUGCUGUUCCUGUGCAAUAUUGUGCGCGUGGUGCUCCUCAAGCUAAAUGCCCCGGCCAGCAUCCAGGGCAGCUGCGGCCCAUCGCGGACUGUCCUGCAGGCGUUUCGAGCCACGCUACUACUGGUUCCACUGCUUGGCCUCCAGUACAUCGUCACCCCGUUUCGUCCUGCGCCAGGACAUCCCUGGGAGAAUACAUAUGAAAUCAUCUCAGUGUUUACGGCCUCAUUCCAAGGUCUGUGUGUGGCCACACUUUUCUGUUUCUUCAACGGCGAGGUGAUUGCCCAGGUGAAGCGCAAGUGGCGGAUGCUGUGCUUCAGCAAUCGGCCGCGGACCAACUCCUACACAGCCACUCAGGUCUCGUUCUUUUGAUUGUAGUUCGUGCGCAGAGGACCGCCACUGCCCGGCGAGGAGAAGGUAUGACUAAAGGACUUGUCGGCCAAGCGACGAGCCUCCUCGGCACCACACCACCAGAGCCAGAACCAACACCAGCCGCAGGACCAAAGAGCCCGCAGCCAGAGCAUGACGGGUAGCAGAAAGCCCACACUGAUGACGACCAUAGUGGAAGAUGCAGCGAAGAGACCAGCCGGAGAGCCCCAUGCGAAUACCAGGGGCAUUGUCAUUGUCCGAAUGGAGAGAGCAGGCCAUCAGCAGAUAGCCGAUGAGGAGCUUUAAGUGAAUCAACCCAACCCCCACCCCCCACCACCUUGCAGGUCACACAACAUCUCAUAGUUUUUAAGCAGCUGAAACUAAACCAAAUCAUCAAUAUGACUACCGCUAAUCAAGUAAUGAACAUGGCAGGCAUGGCUGAAAUAAAUUUCGCCUGCGGGCAAGUGCAACCCACCAACUAUCAAGAACUAUCAUCCCAAGUACCUCAGUUAAGUUUUAAUAGUCUCUCCCCAAAUUUUUACUUGGGCUAUACUCACCGUUCGUGGGAAGAAGGGAAAUUGAUUUCAGCGAUGGUCGGGCGAUGGAAAUAUCAAUUUAUGAUAGCAUAUGUUAUUUAUUGUACGAGCAUUUAUGAAUGUUAAAAUUUACGUGGAUAUCAAAUAUCAUUGUUGUCUUAAGUGUUA